GCUGACUUGACAGUUCCUGAUUUCCAAAACAUCAGCAAGUUAUGUAACGUUAGCAUAAACAUCAACGCAUCAGAAACGCCAAACAAGAAUCGUUUCUGAAAAAUCGACAACCACCGAGGGGAAGAAAGAUAGUGUCAUGUUUUCCCGCAGGUGGAGGUUCGGUUGGGACAGAUACAGUGAGGUGGACCUCUUCACAGACCGCCAUGAGACCAGUGCAGAGACCCUCUCCCAGGCCAUCAGAGCUGCAGCAUCUGAGGAGCCGGACGCAGACGGCAGCGUGCUGUUUGGCCAUCUGCAGGGCACUGUGGUCGGCCUCAGAUAUUACACAGGGGUGGUGAAUCUAGGGGAAAUGGUUGGUUUAGUGCGACAGCCCCAGAAUCCAUACGACCGCAAUGCAGUGAUGGUCGCCAACAUUUAUGGCAACCAAGUGGGUCAUAUCAAGCGGGAGCUAGCAGCAGCUAUGGCCUACGUCAUGGACAACAAUUUGGCUAAAGUAGAGGGGGUGGUUCACUCAGGGACGAAAAACUCGUUCACCAUGCCAGUGAUGCUGUCCUUCUGGGGGAAGGAAGAGAACAAAAAUGCUGUGAUUGAAUCCAUGGCAUGUCGUGGAUAUAAACUGAACACAAGUGGAAGCAGACCAACAGGUGCAAAUCAGAAAUCAUAUAACAGUCAAGGUGCUCGGGCAUUGCCAUCUAAAAAAGGUUUGACCAUCCCACUAACUGCAGAGGAGCUGAAGAAUGCAUUUGACAACCUUUUUGAGGGCUUGAUGGAGAGUAAAGAUGGAGAGAAAGAAGCAGCCAAGUGUGUGGGUACUCCUCUCCUGCCUCACCAGAAGCAGGCACUGUCCUGGAUGUGUGCUCGGGAAAACAAAUCUGUGCUGCCACCCUUCUGGGAGAAGAGAGGCGAGCUGUACUAUAACAGCCUCACAUGUUUCUCUGCCAAAGAAAUACCAGAGAGAGUUCGUGGGGGAAUACUGGCAGAUGACAUGGGACUGGGAAAAACUCUGACAACCAUCGCUCUGAUCCUCACCAACUUUCACAAAGGAAAGCCUCUGCCUGUGGAGAAAUGUAAGGAGCAGAAUUCAACCCUCAAAACCAAAUCUAAACCACAGAUGGCCUCCAAACUGCAAGGAAGCAGCAGUGCAGGAGAUGGAGCAGGAGUGAGUGAUGCAGGAGCUGGUUCUCUAUGCUCAGACCUUCCUCAGGUGGAGGUGAUCUCUGUUGAUUCGCCAGAUGUAGUGGAGAUAGUGAACAAGUCAGAUAAAAGUACAAACAAAGAAAAGAUGAAAGCCACCAAGCGAAAGCCCAGUAAAGAGGCCCCCAUAUUGCUGGAGGAUCUGGACUUUGCUGCAGCACUGGGUGGCUCAGCAUCAGAUACAGGCUCAAAGAAGAAGAAAACUGCAAAGAAGGCCACUCCCACACUGAGUGUGGAAUCCUCCAUCGCUGAAAGUGCAGAUGACUUAUCAGCUAGAGCGACUCUCAUUAUCACCCCGCUCUCUGUGCUCAGCAACUGGCUGGACCAGUUUGAGCAGCAUGUGCAUGCUAACGUGAAGCUAAACGUGUAUCUGUAUUACGGCUCAGAGCGCAACAGGAGCAAGAGGUUUCUGUCCUCUCAGGACGUGGUGAUCACCACCUACAACGUCCUCUCUGCCGACUUUGGGAAUAAGAGUCCUCUCCAUGGGAUCAAUUGGCUGAGGGUUGUGCUGGACGAAGGACAUGUCAUAAGAAACCCCAAUGCACAAAUGAGUAAGGCUGUGCUCGACCUAAAAGCUCAGCGGCGCUGGAUUUUGACAGGUACUCCUAUUCAGAACAGUGUGAAGGACCUGUGGAUGCUGCUGGCCUUCCUGCGUCUGAAGCCCUUCGAUGUGAGGGAGUGGUGGAACAGAGUGAUCCAGAGACCCGUUACUCAAGGAGACAGAGCUGGCCUGCAGAACCUUCAGACCUUGGUGAAGUGCAUCACUCUGAGGCGGACCAAGAGCAGUGAGGUGAAUGGGCGCCCCCUGGUGUCUCUGCCUGAGAAGACAGUAUGUGUGGAGCAGGUCGAGCUGAGCCAGCCAGAGAGAGAGGAGUACGAGCUGGCACGCAAUGAGGGAAGAAACACUAUCGGCAGAUACGUAGCUGAAGGGACAGUCUUGAGGAAUUAUGCUGAUGUGCUGGCCAUCCUGAUGAGGCUUCGACAGCUCUGCUGCCACCCUGAUCUGCUGGCAAAAACAUCCUCAGACCUGGGUGCUGCAGCGACGCCUGCAGAGCUGCGAGAGCGUCUGAUAGAGAAGCUACGGUUGGUGUUGGCCAGCGGCUCUGAUGAGGAGUGCUCUGUGUGUCUGGACUCUGUCCAUCUGCCCGUCAUUACACACUGUGCCCACGUUUACUGCCGGCCCUGCAUCGCCCAGGUUAUCAGCACUGAGCAGGAAGUGGCACGCUGUCCUCUCUGUCGAAGUGAGAUCAAGUCCAGUGAACUGGUGGAGUUUCCACAGGAGGAAAUCGAGGAAGAGAACAGUACAAACUCUGAGAAGUGGAGGGCAAGCUCGAAGGUGCAGGCACUGAUGGGAAACCUGCUCAGGCUGCGAUGUGAAGACAGCAGCAUUAAGUGUUUGGUCGUCUCUCAGUUUACACGCUUCCUCACCAUACUGGAGACUCCACUCAGAGAGCAUGGUUUCAGUGUUGUGCGUUUGGACGGCACCAUGAGCCAAAAGAGGAGGACUCAAGUCAUCCAGGAGUUUCAGAGCUCUGCAGCCAACAGCCCUGCUAUCAUGCUUCUGUCACUCAAAGCUGGGGGGGUGGGGCUUAACUUGACAGCCGCCUCUCAUGUUUUCCUCAUGGACCCUGCAUGGAAUCCUGCUACUGAGGAGCAGUGUAUCGACCGCUGCCACCGUCUGGGACAGAAGAGGAAAGUCAUCGUCACCAAGUUCAUUGUGAAAGGUUCAGUGGAGGAGAGCAUGGUGAAGAUCCAGCGGCAGAAGCAGGACCUGGUGGAGAAAGCAUUUGGCUCAACCAACACUGAUAGGAAAACAUCUCGCAUUGAUGACAUCCGAGCUCUGAUGGAGCUGUAGAUGUCUGACAGUGGACCUGAACUGAUGUAUUAACAUGGAAGCAACGCAAACAUUGAGUGGUAUUUGAACUGUAUUGACAGUUGGAGUCUCACAGUUCACAUCUGAAGGAUUGCAGAGAAUUUUUGCACACACUGUCAACGUUUUGUUAUAUUUCAAAAAUAUUUUUAUUUUAUAGUUGAUCAUUAUUCAUGUUUGAAAUUCUGUUUUAUUUCUACUUCUACUGAAUGAUAAAGUUUUGAUACUGAUUCAAUUACAGGAUGCACCUCUUGGAAAGCUUUCAUUUUUGUUCAGUUGUGAUCUGUAGGACCUGUCAUAAUUUACAAUUUGAUCAUAAAAAUAUCAAAAGGUGUGCUAAUGCAUGGAUUACUGAUAUUGUACAUUUGUCGCUUCUGUAUUUAACCAGACAUAGAGCAGCUUUCAGAAUUUCUGUGCUUUUCUAAAAAAAAAAAAAAACCCACGAAAUAAAAGGGUAUAAUUAUGUUUACUACA